GCAUUAUUAUAACACGAACAUGAGACUAAUAUAAGUAUGUCAAUAGGAGCAUUUAUAAAAUCUAAAGUAAGCUUAGUAAUAUCAGGCUAAUAAGUAUAUAUAUAGAAAAAUUGAUAAGUAUAAACCUGAUAAUUAUCAUCAUGUUAGAUUUAUGGUACUUAAGGAAGAAAAAUAUGGAUUUUUAUAGAACUUGAAAGUUGCAAUUUUCUUUGACGAAAAACACAUGUACCUUGGGUAAAAUCCUUCCUGGAAAAUCCUUGAUAUUGAUAAACGUUUCUAAAAAUAAUAUCCCGAGUUUUUUUGA